CUUCCCUUCAUUCUGCUCAGACAGGCGGGCUGAGCGGCGCGGAGGCACACAACGUUACAAGGCGCAGCGUGAAGACAAACACCGUCGCACUGGAAUGAGCUGUCACGGGAAUCCCCUCCAAGCCCCCCUCUUAUUCAGGCUGAAGACGUGAGGAAAAAAAAGAAAGGGGCUGCAGCAUCAGUCGGACACCAGCUUUGCGGAAAGGAGCCCAGACAAAAAAUAAAAUAAAUUAAAAAUAAAAAAAAAACAACAACAGAGGAUCAUCUCUUGCAGCUGGAGCUGCCUCUUCUCUUUCUGCAGACCCCUGCCCUGGAGAACACUCCCAUUUCAUACCGAGCAUAUUCGUCCAUCACCGCGCCGAGGAGACGGUGACAGGCGCGUGAAAGAUCCAACAGAGGGAAAGGACGAAGGGAGGUAGCUGUGUAGGAUUAAAGCAAGCGCCCAAAGACAGAGGGAGAGCGGGACUGGGGAGGAGAGGAUGGAGGCCCUGCUUCCUGUGCUAAAGAGUCACCCAGGACCGUCAGUCCUGGUGUGCUCUCUGCUUUUCAGGGUGGCCCACCGGCUUCUGCAAAGGCUGCCCAUGCCCAAGGUGGUGAAGCAAGAUGACCUCCGCUCCUGGAAGUGGAGGAACCUUUCCGUCUCUCUGGUGCACUCCCUGCUGACUGGGGCAUGGGCCCUGACCUGUGUGGUGGUUUGGCCAGAGACGCUGAGCAACAUCCACUCUUACCACACCUCUCUGUCCUACCUGCUUGUCUGCGUUUCAACAGGAUACUUUGUGCAAGAUGCAGGUGAUAUUAUCCUGACUGGACAUGCAAGAGGAUCAUGGGAAUUCUUACUCCAUCAUGCACUGGUGAUCUGGUGUUUCCUGUACGCCCUCUACACCCAGCUGUAUGUAGCCGGCGCUGUAAUCGCUCUCUUUGUGGAGGUCAACAGUGUCACACUGCACCUUAGGCUGAUGCUGAAACUGGCCGGCUACCAGUCCUCCUCCAUGUACCACAUCAACAAACUCGCUAACCUCUUCACCUACAUCACGUUUCGUCUGAGCACCCAGUUCUACCUCACCUGGUACAUCGUCCACAAUUAUUCCUGGCUGGACCACGGUGGAUACUUCCUCGUCACCAUGAUGGUGAUGAAUAUUAUGAUCCUGAUUUAUUUCUACCGUCUGCUCCGCGCUGACUUCUUCCCCCGUAGUAAGAGCUAUGUGGGACAGAACGGGAUGCAUAACAACAACUCCAAAAAGUUUCUCAGUGAUUGACUGGAGAAGGUUUACAGGACUCUAUUGUGUUUUUAUUUAGGGUGGGAGUUUACACAUUUUGUCUUUUUUCAAGCCGUAACUGACAGCAUUCCUCGUGACGACAGGUUCCCUUGUUGUGUCUCACUGCCAAAGAA